AAUCGCUAACAGGGAGCACAAGAGUACACAUGGACACGACACAGCGAAGAAGAAACUGACCGUCCCCUCCCUUUUAUCUCUCUCUCUCUUCUUCCUCUUAUUGCAGUUUCGACGCCCACGAGGGUCCUCUUUCAUCUCUUUCUAACCAUUUUUAAUACAUCUAUUAAUGUAUUAAUUAAUCCUAAUUAAUUUCACAAAAAUCUCCCAUCUCAUCCUCUCUCUUUGAGAACCGUUUUCAGAGGCAGAGCUUUGUUGUGGCCGCCUGAACUUCUUCUUCUUCUCUCUCUCUCUCUCUGUGUCUAGAAUUGGUGAAUAAUCGGUUGUUGAAAGGAGGGAGAUUUUUUAGGAUGACUAAUCAUGAAGAGACUGGUAGCCCAGGUUGGGGUGCUUCGUUUGAAGAUGUUGCAAGAGCUGUCGCCGCUGCGGCUGCUGCUGCCACUGCUGCUCGUUCACCACGCCCAUCUGUGGUAUUUUCAUUGAAAGAUGAUAAUGGUGGUAGCCCAAUGCAAAAACUGCAGCGCCAAGUUGCUAGAGUGCUAAAAGGAUUCGCACAGCCAUCUGAAGUGAAAAGUGCAACUUACAAUCCAGAAGUUCUGACUAGCCAAAAGCGCCAAUGGGCAAGCUUUCAGUUGCAAUACUUGGAUCAUAGGUCUUUAAAGGAGCCGACAAGACUUUUUGAGAGCAUGGUAGUUGUAGGGCUUCAUCCUAACUGUGAUAUUCAAGCACUUCAUAGGCAAUACAUUGCCAGAAAGUCCGAAGGUUCUGGAAGAUUGCGAAGUGCGCUGAGUUCUCAGAAUCAAUCGCGUGUAGAACCCAACAUUGAACCUCAGGUCUUAUUUGUUUACCCUCCAGAAAAGCAACUGCCUCUUAAAUACAAAGAUCUUCUUUCAUUUUGCUUCCCAGGAGGCUUGGAGGUUCAUUCCAUUGAGAGAAGUCCUUCCAUGAGUGAGUUGAAUGAAAUUCUUCUUGGGCAGGAACACCUCAAACAAAGUGAUCUCUCCUUUGUAUUCCGGUUACAGGUUGCUGAUGAUUCAACAAUGUAUGGAUGCUGUGUGUUAGUUGAAGAACUAGUACAAAAGCCCUCUGGAUUGCUUUCCAUGAUUUCAGAUAAACAACCUUCCUGCUCAUCUUUAAGCCGUCAUAUAUUAACCACACGGAGAUGUUAUUGCAUUCUCUCAAGGCUUCCAUUCUUCGAAUUGCAUUUUGGUGUAUUGAAUAGCAUAUUCACAGAAGAAAGGUUGGAACGGUUAACGAAAGAUAUUGGUAUUUUGAAUUUUGAGUCCCCUGAGGAUUGUAGGAAGGAAGAAAACUUUGAAGAAAAUACAGAUGAAAAUUUAGAUGGUGUAUCACCGAAUCAUAGAGUUGCAGAGGACAUGCUGAAUGGAACUGCAGAAAUUUCUGAAUUAAGUUUAAGAGAGUCUAAGCCUGAAAGAGAUUCAGAUGAUGGGAGUCAUGAAGAGCGUCAAAUGCUUGAUGGGGACCUUUUCUUGCUGAAGAAAGGUGUCAAUGAUAAUGUUGUUCCUGUAGAUCCUGAUUCUGAGAUGGUGACAGUGAAACGAGAAUCUAGUGCUGCAAAUUCUGAAGAUUGUGAUAUCAACGCUGAUGAUUGCUCGACAAAUAAGCAAGUGGUAGAAAAGCGUGUACCAAAUGCUGUCCUGCCACUCCUGCGGCAAUGUCAGUAUGAAAGCUCUGAAUCUUCCUCUAGUUUUCAGGGUUCUCCUAGUGACGAAAGAAAUUUUAGAAGUGAUGUUGAUGAUACGGAGACAGAAGAGGCUUCUUUCUCUGGCCAGGAGGAUCCCAGUGACCUCAUUGAUAUUCUUGAAUGGGCUAAGGCAAACAAUCAUGGAUCAUUACAGAUAAUAUGCGAGUAUUAUCGGUUACAUUUCCCUGCCAGGGGUUUAACACUUAGGUUUUGGCCUUUGGAGCACCUGCAUCCUUUGGAAUAUCACAGACCAGAUGAAACAGUUUUACAUAUUGCUGGCUCAACUAUUGAUUUGAGAUCAUGCAGUACAAGUCUGGAGUUUGCUGAGGCUCACGGUGUACUUAUGGUGGAGGAGGAAGCAACUGCAUUAUCAGUUUGGGCUGUUGCAUGCAUAUGUGGCUCCUUACGACUUGAGAAUGUCUUGACAUUGUUUGCAGGAGCUCUACUGGAGAAGCAGAUUGUGGUUGUUUGUUCCAAUCUGGGAAUCUUAUCUGCCUCAGUUUUGUCCAUUAUCCCUCUAAUCCGUCCCUACCAGUGGCAAAGCCUGCUAAUGCCGAUCUUACCAAAUGACAUGCUGGACUUUUUGGAUGCACCUGUCCCGUACAUUGUGGGUGUGAAGAACAAAACCAAUGAAGUACAGUCAAAGUUGACUAAUGUCAUUUUGGUUGAUGUCAACAAGAACCAGGUGAAGUCACCGUCGAUACCUCAACUGCCACAACAAAAGGAGUUAUUUUCCUCCUUACGUCCUUAUCACGCAAAACUUGUAGGAGAAAGUUAUUUGGGGAGGAAACGGCCCGUGUAUGAAUGCACAGAUGUGCAGGUCGAAGCAGCCAAGGGUUUCCUAGCAGUGCUAAGGUCUUACUUGGAUUCUCUUUGCUCUAAGCUCCGUUCACAUACAAUUACAAAUGUACAGUCCAAUGAUGAUAAGGUAUCAUUGCUUUUGAAGGAGAGUUUCAUCGACUCAUUCCCUAGUCGUGAUCGACCAUUUAUGAAGCUUUUUGUGGACACACAACUCUUUUCUGUACAUACAGAUCUCGUUCUUUCAUUCUUCCAGAAGGAAUAGUGCUGCCAUGGUAGAUUGGUCUGGAGUUUGUAGCAUUUUGUUGUAAAUUGAACGCAAGUUCGGUAAUGUGUAAUUUAUCAAUUAUAGUGUGAGUUUAAAUCUUCACGGCAUGAAAUGUUGCUGUAUUUUCUUUAUUUUCGAGUCUCAUUUCUAAUCCUUUCAUCUUAAAUGUAUUAUGAAAUGAAUGUGAUUAGUGAUAAUUAUAAUCUCGUGAUAGCUCUCAGCCAUUGCAGACACAAGUUAGAACUGCAGAUAUAUAGAAAGGUGUCUUGCCAAUUUGUGAAA